AUGUCUCAUCAUAAGAAGCGUGUGUAUCCCCAGGCGCAAUAUCAGCUUGCAGAAGGUCUUGCUCAGCCAAUGGCUGGAGCAGGCGCCCCUACGCAACCGGUUGCACCUGGCCAACAGCCAUUUUUGACACCAGCUCAGCAGCAUUUGCACCAGCAAAUCGACCAGGCUACCGCUGGUCUUGGCAAUAUGCAGCUACACAAUGUCCCUGUGGUUGAUCCUAAUUCAUUCCAGCAAGCUGGGGCUCCCAUGGGCCAGGCUUAUCCUCAGGCGUACCAGCAACCGGUGCAGCCAAUGCAACAGCAACAGCAGCUGCCAAUGCAGCCACAACAGCCAAUGCAGCAACAGACUUAUCAGCAACAACAGUACCAACAGCCAGGCGUUGGUGUUGGCGCUGGCAUGGGUGUUUCCGUUGGGAAACCUAUGAACCAGCUAUACCCUGUUGAUUUGUUCCAGGAGUUGCCUCCCCCAAUCACUGACUUGUCACUUCCUCCACCCCCAUUGAUGGUGCCACCGGAAAAGAUGAUUGUUCCUAACGAAACAGUGAACCACUGCUCUGAACACUUGAGAUGUACCAUGAAUGCUAUCCCCAAGAACGGCUCUUUGUUGAAGAAAUCGAAGUUGCCAUUGGCUAUGGUCAUUAGACCAUACACCAAGCUAAUCGAUGCCGACGCACCUACUCCUACCACCCCAGAUGGUGUCGUGGUUCGUUGUAGACGUUGUCGUGCAUAUUUGAAUCCGUUCGUGCAGAUCAUCGAAAAUGGUUUGCGUUACAGAUGUGCCUUCUGUAACCUUGCCAAUACCUUCCCUCAACAAAUCGACAUGAACGGUAACCGUUACGAAAGACCAGAGUUCAACUCCUCCAUCGUCGAUUUCGUGGCCCCAAAGGAAUAUGCCGUUAGACCACCUCCCCCAUCCACUUAUGCAUUUGUCUUGGAUGUGUCGCAAGCUGCAAUCAAGAAUGGUUUGUUAGCCACCACUGCAAGAACCCUUUUGGAAAGCUUGGACACAAUUCCAAACCACGACGAAAGAACAAGAAUCUCCAUUAUCUGUGUGGACCAAAGCCUACACUUCUUCCGUAUACCUCUGGACGAAGAAGGUGACAACAUCAAGAUGUAUGACGUUGCAGAUCUCGAUGAGCCAUUCUUGCCCUCUCCAAGUGGGCUGUUGGUUCCAUUGAUUGAGGCAAGAAACAAUAUUGAAAAAUUAUUGACCUCGUUGCCAGAAAUUUUCCAACAAUCGAUCCAGCCUAAGUUUGCUCUUGCUCCAGCUCUAAAGUCGGCAUUGAACUUGAUCAGAGCACAAGGUGGUAAGAUUAUCGUCGUUGGUGCCACUUUGCCUAACGUUGGUGAAGGUACCUUACACAAGAGAAACGAAAAAGCAGUUGCCAAUACCUCUAAGGAAGCAUCGACUUUGUUAAAUACUGGUGAUGCAUUCUACAAGUCUUUCCCAAUUGAAUGUAACAAAUUCCAAGUUGCCGUGGACGUGUUUAUGGCUUCUGACGACUACGUUGAUAUCGCAUCUGUUUCAAACUUGGGUCGUUUCACCGGUGGUCAAACACACUUCUACCCUGGCUUCAGUGCUCUAAACUUGAUUGACGUUACCAAGUUCUCUAAAGAAUUUUCUAAACAUGUCUCGAUGGAUCUAUCUUUCGAAACUGUUAUGAGAGCUCGCGCUUCUAGCGGAUUGAAAAUGACAGGUUUCUACGGUCACUUCUUUAACAGAUCUUCUGACUUGUGUGCUCUACCAGCUAUCCCAAGAGAUCAAUCAUACGUUUUCGAAUUGGGUAUUGACGAACAGUUGACCAAGGAAUACGUGUACUUGCAAGUUGCUUUGCUUUUGACUUCUAACGUGGCACAAAGAAGAAUUAGAGUCAUAACUUUAGCUAUUCCAACCACCGAUAAACUAACUGAUGUGUAUGCAUCUGCUGAUCAAUUAGCUAUAACCGCUUACUACGCUCAAAAGGGUGUUGAAAGAGCACCAUCAUCAGGCUUUGAAGACACCAGAGAAUUCCUUAACAAGAGUGUUCAGGAAGUUUUGGCUACCUAUAAGAAGGAAGUUCUAACUUCUAACACUGGUGGUGCAGCACCCUUGAUGCUUUGUGCAAACUUGAGAAUGUGGCCAUUAUUGAUGCACUCUUUAACAAAACAUAUGGCAUUCCGCUCUGGUAUUGUCCCAGCCGACCACAGAGCCCACGCUCUAAAUAACCUGGAAACUCUACCAUUGCCUUAUUUGAUCCAAAAUAUUUACCCAACUGUCUACUCUUUACACGAUAUGCCUGAUGAAGCUGGUCUUCCCCAUGAAGAGACUGGUGAGAUUGUACUACCGCAACCAAUUAACUCCACUUCUUCUUUGUUGGAAAGAUACGGUUUGUACUUAAUCGACACUGGCUUAGAUAUGUUCUUGUGGAUAGGUGGUGACGCUGUGCCAGAACUAGUCACUGACGUGUUUGGUACACCAGAUAUUAUGGAAAUUCCAAUUGGUAAGAACGAACUUCCAGUUUUGGAUGCCACAGAAUUCAACCUAAGGGUAAGAAAUGUCAUAUCUAAAAUCAGAGAACACGACGAUGUCAUCUUCUACAAGACUCUACAUAUCGUAAGAGGUGCCUCUCCAAGUGAACCAAUGAACCAUGUCUCCGCUAGAGAAGUCGCAUCAUUGAGAUUGUGGACUGCUUCUCAAUUGGUUGAAGAUAAAGUUCAAAACAGCUGGAAUUACAGAGAAUUCCUACAAAAUAUGAAAACCCGAAUCUCAAAAUGA